UGGGGACUAGGAAUGGGAGAUGCAUAGAAGGGGCAGAUUCGAUAACAAAAAAUUAUUAUUUAUAAUAUUUUAAAAAUAAAAUCCAUACUCUAUAAAUGUAUGUAACGUCAGUGACUUUCUGAAAUGACGUUGCUUGUGUGUCAUUGUAUAUAUUACUUAGUGGGAUGUAUACAGCAUUCGGGAGACUUCUUGUCAAGGUGGAGAUAUCGUUUGACUAAAGAGAUUAGUCAUCAACUUCAGGUCAUGACAUGAUGCUUGCAUAUAAGCCUUACGUGACGAGUAAGAGACUGGAUUAUAAUACCACCAACAGAGAUGCCUGGACUGGUGGUGUUCGGGAGGCGCUGGAGGAUUGCGAGCGACGAUCUGGUGUUCGCGGGGGCCUUUGAAUUGUUCAUUCGGGUAAUAUGGUGGAUUUGUAUAUUGGUUCUAUACCUCAAAAAAGGGCUGUUCAUGUGUACCGGAGGAGGGUUACUGCACAGCUACCUGAUAGUGCUUCUUAUUCUUCUGGCUGCAAUCAUACUAACACUGUCUGCUGUUGUGUAUGUCAGUAUGCAAGGUUCAAUCUCAAACCCUGGCCCCAGGAGGUCUAUCCCUGCCCUCAUCUACGUCCGCACCCUUCUCUAUGUGCCUGAGCUUGUCUGGGCUGUCUUGGGAGCUGUGUGGGUGUCCAAUGACAGUCCAGGCUGUGACACAUCUGUGGUGAACGCAGUGAUUGGAGCAGUGGUUGCGAGCUGGAUCAUCCUUUUCUUCACUGUGGUUGCUGUGUUGAUUGUGUUUGACCCGCUUGGCAGUAAGAGGCAGGGGUACCUCGUCAGCCACGGGGAUCGCGACCUGCAGAGCAGCCAGUCGGCUCAGCUGAUGUACAGGGCGCGUUCGCUGGCUGCGCGGGUGUGGGAGAGCCGCAUCAAGCUGCUGUGCUGCUGCAUCAUGCAGGAGAAAGAAAACCGCGCAGCCUUCUCCAGCAUCGGCCAGCUCUUCAGCGAUUUCUUCUCAGAUACUGACCUGGUUGCUAGUGAUAUCGCUGCCGGCCUGUCUCUCCUGCACCAGGAGCAGGACAAAGUGGAAAAGAGCCGGGACCCAGAGGAGGUGGUGGUGUCCCCCAGCCCAGCCUCUCACACGAGAGAUGAUUUGGAUGUAGAGUUGGAGAAUGCUGCUCACUACAUGCAGUUUGCAGUGGCUGCCUACGGGUGGCCGAUGUUUGUGUUCAGCAACCCUCUGACUGGGGUGUGCAAGCUUAGCAGGGAUUGUUGUAGGAGCAGAUCUCCAGAGUACGACAUUGUGGGCAGAGAUCACCUUGGCUGCAACUUCACAUCCAUGCUGUACACCACCGGCCUGCAGUACCGAGACUUCAUCUACAUCAGCUUUCACAACAAGAUCUACGAGAUCCCUUUCUUUGUGGCUCUGGAUCACAAGAAGGAGGCCGUGCUGGUGGCAGUCAGAGGAACGCUGUCUCUUCAGGAUGCUCUGACAGACCUGUCUGCUGAUUGUGAAAACUUGCUUAUUGAAGGGGUUUGUGGACCCUGCUAUGCACAUAAGGGCAUCAUGCAAGCAGCGAACUACAUUUACGGGAAACUUAUAAACGAUGGUAUUUUAAACCACGUCUUCACCAUUGCUCCUGAGUACAAGCUGGUUAUCACUGGCCACAGUCUUGGAGCAGGGACGGCCGCAGUGCUUUCAAUCUUACUCAGGAGUGCCUUCCCUGGGCUGAAAUGUUAUGCCUUCUCUCCACCAGGGGGCCUCCUUAGCAAACCCCUUGCAGAUUACUCAAAGGAAUUCAUCGUGUCCGUUGUGCUUGGGAAGGACCUUGUUCCAAGGUUAAGUAUUCCCAAUAUGGAGGACCUGAAGAGAAGUAUACUCCGAAUGGUUGCAAACUGUAACAAACCAAAGUAUCAGAUCCUGCUGAGAUGCUGUUGGUACGAGGUGUUUGGUGGAAACCCCGACGACCUCCCCACAGAGCUGGAGAGGCGGCAGCAGAGGUCACCCUCCUACCACAGCCUGGAGUCCGAGCACCCGCCUCUCUACCUGCCUGGACGAAUAUUGCACAUAGUGGAGGAGGACACCACUGGGAGGUCCUGUUUUUCUCAGGUGAGGUAUCGUGCCAUGUGGUCGAGUGAAGCGUUGUUCUGCAGUGUUCUCAUCAGCUCCAAGAUGAUCACGGAUCACAUGCCCGACCAUGUCCUCAAAGCUCUGAACAGCCUGACACUGGACAGAAAAUGAAUAGGCUGUCCUACGCCUCAAAACAAUACAAGCAAUUUAAAUGUGAUAUGAACAGCAACAAAACUUUCUGCUGAAUUAUUUAUUGUUGUGGAUUCAGUAUUGUGUGGUGGGUUUUUUUUUUUUUUUUAAAGUCAAAAUAUUUAAACUAAAAGGGUAAUCAUAGCCUGAAAUCUGAACAUGAGGUCUGCUUGUUUUUUUGUUAGUUGUUAUGCUUUCAUUUAUACAUUUUAUAGUACAAUUGAUUGAUACUAAAUACUUUAUAAGCUUGUUUAUUUUAAAAUAAUGUAUAGCAAUUGUAAAAAAAAUCUUGAGUUUUAUUUUAGGUCUAUUGAUUUAAGCAGUGUGUAUUAUAUUAUUUAUGGGAUGCAGGUGUGCUUUAUUAAAAAAAUAAAAAAUACUUAAUGGAAACCAGACAUUGUACAUUUAUAUGUUAUUCCUAUUUUGAAGACAGGGUAUACAUAUAUUAGGUGGAUAAAAACAAAACCGAUGUAGAUUAGUUGAUAAAAAGCCAACCGCAAUAAGAGCACCAAGUUUGUGUGCAAACUUUUUAAAAAGGUAAUUUAAUUAUUUAGAAUAUUUGACUCAUACUGGUUACCAAUACUGUAGUGAGCUACCAUAUUAAAUAAUAAUUUGAAUCACCUUGUGUAGUGCACACAUUUCAAUUAGAAAUUCAAACUGUGUGAUAGCAAAAGUACUUGAAUAUAUUACAUGUAUUGUUUACAGUCAACUAUUGUUUGUGAAGUAAAACUUAG